UCAAAAUAAAUUCCUUUAACCUUCGACUUAAACUUCCAAUAACUUCCUAUAUAAACAAAGGCUAACAAGCACCGGAAUUGGCACCGCCUUAUUCCAAAAAUAAAAGGAAACGAUCUUAGAGAGAAACAUCAAACCAAGGAAGAAGAAAGAAUUAAGAAGAAGAACAAAUUAUUGAAAAUCUCCCUCUCAAAAAUCCCACAACAGCUUUCUCAACAUUCACCAAAACAAUCAUCUUCAAACAUUCUCUUUUCGUUUAACAUGUUGACUAUUAAGAGGGUUGCAACGGUUCUUUCGAAUUACCAAGAGGAUGCUUAUGAAAAACAAGAAGUUGGGUGCGGUAGGAAUUGCCUUGGAAACUGUUGCAUACCUGCAUCGACGCUACCUCUGUAUGCAUUCCAGAAAGAGCAAGACGAUUCAGGGGAAUAUGGGGAGUUAUAUCCAUCCGAGGAACAACCUCAACCAUCAUUCCUGAAUCUGUUGCUUGAACAAUGGGGCGACCGAAUGAGACGAGGUUUAUUUCGCUAUGAUGUAACGAAUUGCAAGACAAAGAUCAUCCCAGGGAAGUAUGGUUUUAUCGCGCAGCUCAAUGAGGGGCGCCACCUCAAGAAACGGCCUACUGAGUUUCGGAUAGAUCAAGUCCUUCAGCCCUUUGAUGAUUCUAAGUUCAACUUCACAAAAGUUGGACAAGAAGAAGUUCUUUUCAGGUUUGAACAAAGCAAUGACUGCAAGAGUCAUUUCUUGGCUAGUGCACCUGUCACUGCAAAGCCCAACUACUCUCCUAAUGUUAUUGCAAUCAAUGUGAGCCCGAUUGAAUAUGGGCAUGUUCUGUUGAUACCACAUGUUCUUGACUGCUUGCCUCAAAGGAUUGAUCAUGACAGCUUCUUGCUUGCUAUUCACUUGGCCAGAGAAGCAGCAGAUCCCUUCUUUAGAGUUGGUUAUAACAGCCUGGGCGCUUUCGCCACGAUUAAUCACCUCCACUUCCAGGCAUAUUAUUUAGAAGUGCCCUUCCCAAUUGAGAAAGCUCCUAUCCAAAGAAUAUCCACAGAGGAAGGAUUGCAAGAUACGGGAGUUAUUGUUUCACAGCUGUUGAAUUAUCCAGUUAGAGGCCUUGUUUUCAAGGGCGGGAAGUCAGCGCAGGAUCUGUCUGAUGUUGUUGCCAAUACCUGCAUUUUUCUUCAAACUAACAACAUCCCCUUCAAUGUCCUCAUCUCUGAUUGCGGAAAAAGAGUCUUCCUCUUGCCGCAGUGUUAUGCCGAGAAACAAGCAAUAGGAGAAGUUAGUCAGGAGCUGCUACAUACUCAAGUAAACCCUGCUGUUUGGGAGAUCGGUGGACAUAUGGUGCUGAAGAGGCGCGAGGAUUAUGAAGAUGCAUCGGAGGCAUAUGCUUGGAGACUCCUAGCUGAGGUUUCUUUGUCAGAGGAGAGGUUCCAGGAGGUGAAAGCUUGUAUCCUGGAAGCAGCAGCAUUGCAAGCAACCAACAUGAAGGAAACUGAAGUAAAUCAGGCGGAAGAUAAGGUAUAUCAGAAAGAAGAUUCAUUGUGCAAGCAGCGUGCAGCAAGCCAAGCCAACCAACGUGUACCAUAUGAUUGCAUGGUUUUGCAGUGAAGACCAAGAUUUUUCCAAGGUAGUAAGCAAUUAAUGCCAAAUUGAACUUGUGACUAAUGAUAGCAAUGGGAAUACUGGCGGUUUUGACAUUAAGCCAGAAUCUGUUGCCACAUAUACAUAUUUGUAUUUGUCGGGAAAAAGAGAAACAUUUUCUGCUGGUUGUCUUAGGUAUGCUGUCCCCAUCAUAUUCAUGUCCUCGUAUUUUGACUUUGAAAGUAUUGAUGUACUCAUUAGUUAUUCUUUGCUAUUCUUUUGAUAAAUGAGAACCAUAUUUUGUGAACAAGGAUAACUAUUUUAUACGUUCAACAAAAUAAAAAGGAAGGAAAGAACAUAAAGUUCAAAAAGCUAACAAAAGCAAUGAAACCCUGCUUCUUCAGAUAGCUCUCUCUUUUUACCUUUUAUUUUGGUGAGAAUCAAACUUUGGUUCGAUGGGGCAUAGAUGCCCUCUCUUUAAGAAGAUGGGGGGUUCUUAGUUUCUGCUCCAUAAACCCGGAUUGGCUUGCAAUAAAAGAAACUGUUUCAAACUAGUGAAAGUUUGUACAACACCAAAAUCCUUUAUUCCUUUGCAUCCAAUCUCCUAGAUUAACAGGAUUAGGCAUUAAUUAAUGCAAAUGAGGGAUGAGUAGCGUGAUACCGACUUUGUAUCUAUCAUUGUUUUUGGUACAUAAGAAAGCUUAUUAGGCUUGAGUUGAGGUGUACAAAGGGAGGUCUCUCUUUCCUAUGAUUUGAACUUGGGAGCACCUCCCUGCACCAUUCAGAAGUUACUAUUUGGACUUUUAAUAUAAGAUCAAGUAUAUAGGACCUCCACAUUCCCAUUGAAAGAAGAUCUUUCCUUCCGUAGGCAGGAACAGUGCCUGCAUAAAAUCAAGGAUUAGCAAUAAUAUACAAUAACAACAGAGCCUUCAAUGUUGUUUAAUAACAUCCCUUACAAAUGAUUUUCUUCAGGUUUUUGGUUGAAGCAUGAAAGCUUCUCGUUGACCAUAUAGAUCAUGUGCUAAAUAUAUGAACCAAGCAUCUAAGCAGUCCAGAGAAUUCCUUACAUUUUUAUAUUCCCAUGCUUUCAUAUUAAUAAUUAGGGAAAGAAGAU